AUGGCGACCUUUGAUUACCGAAAAUUCGAGCAUGUAUUCUACAACGUGAAGCCGUUUCCCAGCCGCGAAUUCUUCCAAGAGACCGAAGCCAUCCGCCGCAAGUUCGACGGCGCCCUCUUCAUCGAUCGUGUGCUGAAAGCUCUGGGUGUAGGGAAAGCUAAGAUAUACCCCGCCAAGACUGAACAUGCCCUCCGAACACUCCACCAGCAGGUCUGCGAGGCCAACAUGACGAUGCACCACCGUCUCUCCAUCUUCUACUACGUCCUCCUCGAUUUCGAAUACGCCAACAAGCGAACCGCCUUUACCGAAGACUUUGCCACUCUUAGCGGUGUGCCCAAGAAGUACCAAAUUUUCAUGCGGGGCCUGUGGCUCCUCGACAGGCACGAGUUCAAGAGCGCCCUAGAAUACAUCGCCCACCCCUCCCUCAUGCCCGACUUCGCCGAUGACAUCAUCACAACCUUCAUCCGCCACGCCGAAGACGACACCCUCGCCCUCGCCUACUUCCACACGGUGCAACCCGUUCUCAAGACGCCGCAGGCCCUCGAGCUCCUCUUCUCCGCCCUGGCGGACGCGAGCAUCUCCCAGGCGCUGCACUACUCGAGGACGUAUCCCGAGCACACGCGCCAGCUUCUCUUCCAGCGCCUCGUUGGGUCGGUAUUGGAGUCCGGUGCGGGCGAGGAGGCGGGUGAGCGGGGCGUCGAGCUGAUUAGUUUGCCGCUGGAUGCUGAUGAGGAGAGAUGGUUUGAGGAGUGUCUUACGACGGAGUUUGCUAAGCAUAAGAAGGCUAAGGAUACGCUGGUUAUGAGGAGGAUAGUAACCGGGAAGUUGGAUGAGGCUGUAGCUCAGAGGGGGCUAGGCAGUCAGUGGGGGACCAUCAUUGAGUCAAUGAAGCAGGGUUUGGGUAAUAGGGUUUAA